UCUGUCUCCACAUCUCCAUCCCCCAGAGCUGGAAUCUCUGUGUCUGCCAUCCAAGGUCCAUGUAAGCAGCAGCCAGCAGACAAGCACCAUGUCCAGGUCCGAUGAGGUGAACAGACUGACAGAGAAUGUGUACAGAGUUAUAUUAGAUCAAUUCAACCCAAGCUUAAAGAACUUUGUGACGACGGGCAAACAUUAUGAAAAAGCACUUUCAGGUGUUACAGUAGCAGCAAAGGGCUACUUUGAUGCCCUUGUGAAACUUGGCGAACUUGCAAGCAUCAGCCAAGGAUCUAAAGAGCUUGGUGAUACAUUAUUCCAAAUGGCUGAAGUCCAUCGACAAAUCCAAGUGCAGCUGGAAGAAGUCUUGAAGCUUUUCCACUCUGAACUCCUGGCUCAACUUGAACACAAGCUGGAAUUAGACAUCAAGUAUUUAACUGCGACACUGAAGAAAUACCAGGUUGAGCAUCGUUCCAAGUCGGAGUCAAUUGAGAAAUGCCAAUCUGAACUCAAGAAGCUCAGGAAAAAGUGUCAGAACAGCAAGAACCCCCAGAAAUAUGGAGACAGAGAAGUGCAGUAUGUUGAAAUUAUGAGCACCAAGCAGUGUGAACUGGACCAGUUUGUGGCAGAGGGCUAUAAAGCAGCUCUUACAGAAGAACGGCGGAGAUAUUCAUUCCUGGUGGACCGGCAGUGUGCAGUGUCCAAGCACUUCAGUGCCUAUCACAGCAAGGUUAAGGAACUGUUAAGCGCCAAGCUUCCGUCAUGGCAGCAGUCAUGUACUCAGCCCACAAAACUUCCAGAACGUGCACUGAUGCUUGUGAAACAAACCGCUAAUGCUUCCACUGAGCUAGUCAUCUCAGAUCCAGUGCCAAGCACCAAACUACUAGAUGUCCCUCCAGAACUAGUUCCACUUUUGGGAGGAGGACUCUCUAUAAACCAUAGAAUGUCUGUUCAAGAAGUUCUUCCAAUUCCUAAUGGAGAAAGCCAUCGCACAAGAGGAUCUCGUGAUAUAGGAACCCCUGUUCCUUUAGACUUAUUAUCCAUCAAUCAAGUGGCCCCUUCAGUCCCAGCAACACCAGCUUCUCUCACACCACCAACCCCCAAAGCCAGUGAAAUGUAUUCAUGCACCUUACCCAUGCCACGCAAACCAGCCUCUGAGAACAGACUGGCCACCCUGGUGGAAAAUAAAACCCUACCUCGCAUCAGCCCCCUCUCUGUUUUACCUCCUCGUGUGGAACGACGUAGAGUGCAAGCGAUCUUCUCACAUACAGUUGCAGAGAACAGCACCUUACUAAACUUCCAAGAAGGAGAUAUCAUCCUUCUACUUGUGCCAGAGGCCAAAGAUGGCUGGCACUAUGGAGAAAAUGAAGCAACCAAGAUGAAAGGCUGGUUUCCAUUUUCCUAUACCCGUCCCCUUCCUCCAGCAGAAUCUUCAGAUAAACUUGGCCCAAAUUUUCCUCUUAGUAAAUUAAAUAGUAGCAGCACUGGAAAUCUGGACAAAAUUGGUGUUACAAUCCCUGAAUCGGAAAAUGUUCGGAUAGAAACAGUAAGAUACACACCUUCACCGCGUAUAAGUACCUUCCGACAGCGACCAUAUAGCAUGCUCAGCCCAGACCUGGUGCAGUUAGCAAAUGAAUUUGGAAGCCCCAAAUCAUCUCCUUCCAGAAGCAACCCAUUUGCUCAUGUUAAACUGAAGAGGACGAUUACCAACGAUCGAUCAGCUCCUGUCAUUUAAUGACCUUGUGGCAUUCUUUAAGGGGAAAGUGACUGAAGACUAGUCUUGAAGGAAAAAUAUUUCUUUGUUAUCUCAUUUCCUCUGUGGGAUAUAAGACCUGAUGUAAUAAACUGUGAACUGGUCUCAUUGUAAACCAGCAACAUUAAAUCCAGUA